AUGACAACGGCUCCCACCUCCGAGGCGGGAUACAGGAAUCGGGAUGGGGUCAUUAUAGAUGGAGAUAGACAAAACAGGAGUGAAAGGUUUCCGCACCCCAGUUUUGAGGAGCCGCCUCUUGUGCACCAUCUCAGAGUCCAGCUUCAGUCCAGGUGUCAAUCUCCCAAUGAAGCACAAGACCUGAGCAUGUCAUCUCUUCGUGCCCGAGAGAGGGAAAUGGAAAAAGAAAGAGAAAAGCAACAAAUGCAGCAGAUACGACAGCACGCUCCAGACAACCACAAUGCUUUACUGGUGCCUAAGGAGGAGCCUUUAAGCCCUGUGCCAUCCCCCCAUCAUAUGCCCACCCAAACCACUGUAGUUGGUAACACUACACACAGACACACUCCCAGGUCACCCUGCCUUACUCCCUCCACUAUUGGACAACACCCAGCUGAGCCUACGCGACUGACCCCCAGCACAUAUGAACGGACUUCUUACCCAGAUGGGACACCUGUUGACCGCCCCUCUGCCCAUGCGCUGCCCCUCCCCAGGCCUCCACUGGCCCCUUCUGAGGUUGACAACCAGAACAAUUCAAGACAUUUCCAACAGGUGGAAAACUAUACUGACCAGGAGUGCCCUCUAUCACUCACUGUACCAGACAAUUUCCGUUCUGACAAAAAGCAGGAUGACACCUUGCUAGUGCCCUCCUAUCCUCCUGGGACACUUCCUUUUGGUCCAUUGAGGAAAGUCAUGGUUCCUAACGGAACUGACCUGAAUAAAAUACCUUUCUACCCAGAUCCCUACCCACUGCUGUACGGACCCCAGCUGCUGGCCUACCCAUACAACUUAGCUGCUCUUCCUGUUACUCUGAACAUGAUGGCUCCUGGUGGAGACAAAGUUGAACCACUGCCUUUCCUCCCUGCCAUAUUUAACUACUCCACUGGGCCCUACAUGAGUGCAUCGCCACACCCCCUUGUGGCCAACACUACUCUCUACAGUAAUGGCAGCAGUGGAGGCAAGAGACAACGGGACAGCACCGGAAAACCAUAG